CGACUCACGACUCAUAAUGAUAACGCAAGUAGCACACAUCGAUAAUUUAAUAAUUCCAGAUGGAAAUGUUUUGUUUGUGAAUCGUGUACUAUUUGUAGUUUGUUAUUUUGUGUCCAGUGUCCAAAUUGCCCAUGCUCUUAUUAAGUGAACACAACUUAUAAAUUAAUGAAGUCUUUAUCAAAUUAACAUUACAUACUAGGUAUCUUUGGUUUCACUAUUAAUCGAUUAGUAUCUAAAUAAUAUAUUAGUCACAUAUUAAAGUUUCUAAUAUUUAGUAAUGAUUUAUAUAAUAUACCUAAUCCAAAAUACCUAAUAUGUAUAUUUUUGAAACUAUUUAAUACAAUUAAUUAUUUAUUGUUUAGAUCGCCAUGUGUGCUGCCAUCCGUUCUGCCUAUAUCCCCGGAGUUCAAUCACUUUACAAUUUAACAUUAGAUAAGUUAUGUUGCUCUAUAAAUGAAGAUAUCUUACAAAAUCUGUUGAAAUUGUAUCCAGCUCCAAUGGUUUUUGAUGUCAUAUGGAAGGUUUGAAAUAUUAUAGAAUUUGUAAGAAAUUAUGCCUUGUUAUAAAUAAAAUCUUGUAUUUUAUAGAUUUUACGUGUAAAUAAUGAAAGUAAAGAUUAUGAGUAUGAUCAUACUAAUACACACAGUGUACAUUUAUCAAUUGCUCGGGGUCAUAAAAUUGCUGAAAUGGCAUUAUACUAUAAAAAUUUUACAGAACCUGGGCAGCACAUUACUUACAAACAACUAAGUGAUAAAACUCAUGAAAAAUUUGCAGAAAGUGAACAAGUAAAUCUAUUAUAUUACGUAAUUUUUAGUACCUAAGUACAUAAGUAACGUUAUCUAGUAAAAAUUUAGUCUGUCUUUAACUAAGUGGUCAAAAAAAAAAAAAAUUGAGCGAAAUGUAGUCAUUUUUUAUAAGCAUUUUAAGAUCAUAUUUUGAUGAAAAUCAUUAAUAUUACGGCGUUUCAAAACAUGUAUAACUAAACUUCACUUAGAAUUAUUUUUAUGUUAGCAUUGGUUUAUCAUUGCUUAUAAAUAUAAAUUAAAUAACUUAAUGUGUCCUACCUUUCGCACUUUUAACCUACAUUACUAAACACCCUUCCCUAGUAUUAGCAUAUUUUAAAUGUUUCCAAAUAUAACUAUUACUGGUUACCGCUGUAGUAACGGCUAGUAACCAGUUUUUGAUAUGUGAUUGAGGAGUUUUAUUCCUUUAUUAUCAAUUAAUAUUCAGAAAUUGUGGUAAAUAAUUUUAUUGUCACCUUCGAUACUUUUAUCAGUUGAAAUAAAAAGUUCACACGUUUUUCAGCGACCAUUUUUCAUCAUUAAUAUACAAGUUAAAAAUUGAACUUCAAUAUUUUAUGCUUUUUCAUAUUUUCUUCCAAAUGGUGCAUAAAUAAUUAAAGGAAUUUAAAAUAAUCUAUUCUAAAAAAUGUUUGUAGAACUGUACUUAAGCUUAUAGAUGAGUGUUAUUAAUGCAUUAUUACAUAUGCCUAUAAUAAACUAUUACUAUGGUUUGAAAUGUGUUUGAUUUUGUAAUGCAAGGCCAACAAGUAAUUUUAAAAUUAAGAAGGACAGUAAUAUAUUUGUUGUGUAAUGAUAUUAAUGUGUAAAUAAACAACAUGCACAUAUUUAAUAAAAUUGAAAUAAAAUGAAGUGAUGACAAUAAAUAAUAGUUACUUAAUAAUAACAUAAUAUUUAUAGAUGUUUUAGCGAUAAUUUAUUAAUUUAAAUAAUAUUAACUAAAUUGUUCAAUAAUAAUAUAAAUUAAAAUAGACUUCAUGUAAAUAAUUACUAUUGAUACAUAAUAUUGGUCCAUAUUCCCCACAAUGUACACAUAAUCUUGGGUCCAUAUUAAAAUAUUCCACUGCUAAUGUAUUUUAGUUUUGUUCACAUUAUCAAUUUUACAUUUUAAUGACCGGCUAGUGGAAAAACUUCCACUAGUCUAUUGCCCUAUAUCCAUGUAAGAGGAUGGAGUACAAAAAUGUUUUUAUGAUUUGAUAUAAUUUUUAGACUGAAAAUUCAGUUUUAGGAAUUGCGUUUGACAUAUUUAAAUUUUGAAUGAUUAUUAUGAUUCUACAAUAGUUCUUCAUUGGGAUACUUAAGAAUUAUAUUUUUAAUUGAAAUUUGUUCAUCAUAAAUAAAAGACAAAAUACUUUGAAGGACCAUGAAAUAAAAAAAAAAUUACUUUGGUACAAUUAAUAUAACUAACAGUGGUACUCAUAAUAGUUUAUGUUGAUUCAUUGAGAAGUUAAAUUCCGAGAGAUAGCCGUGUGACGUCACAUGGUGCUGUGACGGCCUAUACUUUUACACAGGAAUCACCAAUACAGUCUAGGUUAUUUUUUUAUAUUUAACAAAAAUUAAAAAUUAAGACAAUUAUCAUAUGUACUGACUUAUGAAUGUGAAACACAUGGGUUUUCAUAAAUGUUAGUGUGUGUUUUGUCGUUUUACUAAAUUUAAAUUUACAUAAUUCAUUUUUAUUAUACAGUGGACGCCCUUUAUAAUACUCAUUUUAGCACCAGCACAAAGUGAUUCUCUUAAGUGAAUGAACCUUAUAAGCAAAGUAAAGAAAGGAUUGAAUGUAUUUAUAUAUGUCCAGACUGUUUCAAGUGAUUUUGAAUCUGAUAAGUGACUGAAUCUUAUGGCUGGGAUCACAUGAUCGUUUUAUUUUUAGCCUAAUCGAAUACUUCUUGAAUAAUUUGUUUUCACUAAUCAGUAUUUGUACGCUUAUAUAUAUUUUGCAUUGUAUAUUUUCCUAAUGAUUUUCAGUAUACAGUUUUAUUGUUUAUUUGCAUUUUUAUUGUGAUCUAAUAUAGCCAAUAUAGAUCUUAUGUUUUUUUUGGUUAAUUACCGGUCACUAGAACCAUCCCGCCAACAACCAAUCCUCCAGGUCUCUCUGUCUUUCUCUCCAAUCUGGGCCAUUGUUCAAUGAUUUUGCGUCUCUUUUUACUAUAUCUUCCCAUCUUAAACGGGAUCGUCCAAGAGGCCUCUUUCCUACUAGGUUCUCUGUCAAUACUAUGUGUAGUAGUGGAUUCUGACUACGCCACACUUGACCAGCCCACUUUAGCCUCCUACUCUGGAUUAUAUCCAAUAUGUUUGGCUUCUAAAAGAGUUCCUCUAGUUCCUUGUUUUUCCUUAUUCUCCAUCUUUCAGUUAUCUCAUCUUUUACUGGGCCAAAAAUCUUUCUUAGGAUUUUCCUCUCUAGAAUAAUCAAUUUAUUUUAUUCCAUUUUCCUUAAUAUCCAUGUUUCUGAUCCGUAUGUAAUUAUAGGACAUAAUAGUGUAGUAUAUAAUAGUAACUUUAUUUCCCUUGAUAGGGACUGUAAUCUUAGUAUCUUUGUGAGUCCUUAAAGACAUUAGUUUCCCGGCAGGUUUCUUGCUACUAUUUCCAUUUCAGUUUCAUUUUUUUUGGUCAUUAACAAACCUAAAUAUUUAAAUCAUUUGACUCCUUUUAAUUUGUGGUUGCCUACUCUUAGAGAAAAGUAGGCAUUCUCUCACUAUCUCUUCUCCCCACCACCAUGUAUUCUGUUUUGCUUUUAUUUAUUUGUAGGCCAACAUUCUUUACUGCCUCCUCUAAAUGGACACAUAGUGUUCUUAGACCAUCUUGUGAUUUAUCCAUAGGGAACAAAUCGUCUGCAUAAGUCAAUAAUGCUAUGAUGGACCCUUGUAGUGGCAUCCCUUCCUGAGGACUGAUAUUAGUUUCCCUUAUAACUUACUAAUACCAGGUUAAAGAGAACAGGUGACAUAGAGUCCCCCUGUCUUAGGCUUGAAUUCACAAUUAUUGGGUCGGUUUCCGCUUCUCUUACUCUUACUAUGGCUAUCUCUCUCAAGCUCUACUGCCUCAAUGAAUCAACAUAUACAAAUGUAAAUGUCUAUUACUAACGUUUGUUAUCACCACCAUUAAUGAUAUCAAUAAAUUAUCUAUUAAAAGCCAAAAUAAUUUUUUUGUUUCAUAGUCCUUAAAAUAUAUUUUUGAAAAAUGUUAAAAAUACAAUCAAAUUUAAUUUACAAUUUUAUCUAAAAAAAAUCACUUUAUACUGUAAAUCAGCAAAAUAGCUCCAAAUUAAGGCUUACCAAUUGGAAAAUAUGCAAAAAAAAAGCAAUAAAAAUUGUUAGAUAUGACAUCAACAAAGUAUGAAAUCAAUUUGUUUUUUAUAGAGAAUGUUUUAGUGUUCUGGGUGUCACCAAGUUACCAAAAAUAUGUAAAUGCUAAUACUUCUGAGCCCUGGUGAUAACUUUUAAGGGAGAAUAUUCUUCUUAUGCCAGAAAAUGCAUUAUACAUUUAAAAUAUGACUUAUAAAAUAAAGUUUGAUAUCAGUGAUGUAACCAGUCUGGGCAUUGUUAUAACUAAAUAAUUAGAAAAUUAUGUAUAAUAAUCGAAUAUAAUAAAGUGAAUAAAGAGGUUGAUAAAAUGAAUUCUCUUAACAUUUUUUCCUGGAUACACCACUGUUUGGUAUAGGUACCUAAUACAUUUAAUAUUAUAUUUUUCAUUUUAUUUGUUUUUAGACAAAAUUUGUUGAUGAACACAAUUUUUUCAACUAUUUCAAUGUGGAUUUAUUUUUCAAAUUAGUUGAAGUAACUGAUUGUCGAAAUAAACUGUUUACUAUAUUUCAAGUAAAACAUGAAUACAAAUAAAAUGUAAACAGUACUUUAUUAAUGUGUUAAACAUGUAUUGUUCAGAUUUGCAUACAAGUUAAAGGAUUUGAAUUUCCAAAACAAUUUGCUAAAGCCUGGAUAAAGAACACUAAUGAAAAUGAAAAUAAUGACUUAAUGUUUAUUCGCAUUAAGCAAGGUUUAAAAUUAGGUUUGUAAAAUUAGUAUUAGUAUAUUUUUUUAUUUAAAUGUUAACAAUUUAUAGGGUUAGGGCGAGUAUUAUUUUUUUCAAUUAUAGUCGAGUCAUACUGUUGAGUACUCGAAAAUUGUUGGGUAUUUCAAAAUUGCUAAGUACUCGAAAUUAACGAGUAUUCGAACUUAAGCCAGUACCCAAACAUUAGUUAGUACUCGGAUAUUUAAAAACUAUAAAGGCUUGGGUACUCGAAAUUUCUAGAAUCUAGAUUAUUUUAAAUUGCUAGAAUAUUUUCAUUGUAUAUUUUUAAUAUUUUUUUAGGGUGAUACAUGUUAUAACAGUCAUUAUAAAACUAAAUAAUAAACACUUAAAAAAAAUAAUGAUCUAUUUUUAUUAAUUCAAACAAUGAACCUUCUAGUUAUUCCUUGGGUUUUUCUUAUCAGUUAUUGGAAAUAUUUGGGUUUCGAGAUUUUUAUAGUUUUUUCAUUUGUUUUUUAUAUUUUUCAAAUAGUCGAGUAGACACGAGUACUUGAUUCAAGUUGAACUCGACCCGACUUAAAAAUUUUUUCAGAGUCUGUUACUCGCUCAACCCUAACAAUUUAUUUUAUUUGUGAUGUUUAGGCAUUUUUCUUGGUGAUGCUGGCUGGCUUUGUGAAAGCGCACUUGUUCUUUCAUAUACAUACCAAAUAAUAUCUACAAAGUGGGUGUGUGAUGAUCAAAAUUUAAAACUGAUGAAAACUAUUCAAUGUCUGGCCAAGUUAAAAAAAAAUCUUGAAUUAUAUAAUACUUUAUAAUUUCAAAUAAUAUUUAAUUUAUCACAAAUUUAUUUUGCCUAGGUGGUUAUUGGUAGCAUCAAAUUAUCAUAAUUUUGAUGAAGCAAAUGUCGUUUUAGAACAUAUUUUAAAAACGAUCAGCAUCCUUGAAAAAAUAGAAGGAAAAAAGCUGUGUAUAUCUUAUGCUUAUGUUUCAGUUUCACAGUACUAUUAUGUAUUAAUGGAAUUUAAUGAGGUUUGUAAAUUAUUUUUUAUUGAGUAUUUGAUAAUUUAUUUAUAUUAUGAUUAUUUAGGCUAAGUUGUGGGCAGUUAAAGCUGUUAAUGAACUUCAUGAUCAAAGUGGUGAUGUUUUGAAACUUUUAGUCAUAAGCCAUAUCAUUAAAGUUUGCUCAGUUUUGAAUAAUUUGACCAUGGCAAAAAAAUUGAUUUGUCAAUUACAUACAUAUGACAAAACAAUUGAUCAAAACGUUCAUGUUGAUAUGUUAUUAAAUGAGGCGUGCUACUCAUUGAAAGCAGAUCUAGCAAAAGACAGUAUUCACAGUUAUUACGUAUGAAUUAUCAGUGAUAAUCAAUAAAUGAAUGAAAAAUAAAACACUUGUGUUAUUAAUUUUUAGAUUGCAUUAGAUUCUAAAAGAAAUCUAUUUGGUUACUUUAAUUUGAACACUGCAAUGGUAUUUAUUGAUUAUGCUUAUGCUCGGUAUGUUUGUGAUUAUUCAACAGUCGACUUUAAAGAAGCUAUGUAAGAAAUAAAUAUCAUUUCAACAUUUAAUAAUUCAAAAAUAACUUUUAAAUUUGUCAAUUAACGGUUAUGUUUUUAACAUAGGCGAAGUAUAUUACAAGGGAUAUUUAUAAUGUCCAAAAUUGGAGUACCAGAUGAUAAUAUGUUGUUAGUAAAUGCUGGACGAAUAAAAGCAUUAAUACUUGAAGAAAAAGCUCUUUAUUUACUAGAAAAUGGAAUCAAUAUGCAUCUUCAUAAUGGUAUUUACUUUUUAAACAUAAUAAUUCAUGUAACUCAUAAUUAUUAAAUUUAUAUUUGCACUAAUAAUUCUAACUUAAAAAAUAUUUUUUAAGAAUCUGAAUCACAUGUACGAGAAAUGAAGAAGUUGUUGCAAAAAACACAUACAAAUAUGUUGCAUGAAGCUGAACAACUUCAUUCUAAAGCAUUAGAAGUUUCAUUGCAAUUAGUUGGAGAAAAAGCACUCCUUACAGCAAAAUCUUACUGUAAUCUUGGUAGACUUUAUCAAAGUCAAGAAAAAUAUGCGGUAAAACUUAAUUUUUUAUAUUUUUAUUUUAAUAAAUAUUUAACCGAAAUCAUUAAAAAAAAAAUAUUAAUAAAAUACUGUAUUAUUAGUACCUUAUAAAAGGAGUUUUCUUGUAUUACAGAAAUCGGAAGAAAUGCACUUACGUGCAAUUGAAAUUAAAGAAUCUAUCUUAGGUAAAGACAAUCCAGAAGUUGCACUAUCUUUGGGCCAUUUAGCAAGUUUGUACACGUAUCAAUUAAAAAAAUUUAAAGAUGCUGAACUUCUUUUUUUACGAUCGAAAAAAAUUUGUGAGUCAAAUAAUAUAAUUAUAUAUAAGUUAACAAAUUUCACUAAAAACCUAAUUAUUUUUCUUUAGAUGAAACAACAUAUGGACAUCAAUACACGGGAUUAUUGUAUGAUUUGCAAGGACUGGUAGCAAUAUACAAUGAACAACAAAAUAUUGAUAAAUUAUUAGAAUAUAAAGCAAAGCUAUUGGAAUUUUAUGAAACACGUGAAACUUGGUUAUUUGAAGUGCAUACAGCAAACGAUGACAACUGCACAAAAGAAGAUUUAAGUUUGGAUAAAUUUAAAUGCAUAUUGAAUGAGUGUAUCUGUGACAAAUAGUAGAUUCAAAUGUAACAAUAUAAUACGAACACUCAAUAUUUUUUUUUGUAUUUAAAUGACAUUACUUAUUUAGUGUUUUUGAUUUUUGAUUUUUUUUUUUUUAAUACUAGUUCAAAAUGAUAAUUAUUUAAAUUUUACACUCAACAAUAUUUCCAUAUUUGAUUGCAGUUCUUAAUCAUUUUUCAACAUAUGAAAUAAUUCUAUAACAAAACCUGAAUCUAUUUUUAAAAUACAUUUUUCAAUAUUCAUAUUUCAAAUCAACAAUACCUAUAGUUUCUAUCAAUUUGUGGGCCAUUGUUUGUUAUUCUUUACAUAAUAUUUCAUCUAUAGAGUUGUAAUUAGUCAUAUCAUUAAUUUUCAUGUAUAUUUAUAAUAAUUUUUACAAAAAAUCCUAUUAAUUAUAUAGCUUAUUCAUAUGAUUUUGUACUAUAUAUUUUAAUACUUGUUUAAAGUUAUUUUGUAGAAAAUUAUUCAUAUUACAUUAAUUAAAUCAUUAUAGUUUUAAAAUAAUUUUUUUGGUAAUCAUGUUGCGCAUGACACUAGUUAAACAGUUUUUAUAAAUAUAAUAUGUUCUAUGCAUACAAUUUAAUAACUGCUAUAAUUAUUAAUUUUACUUUAGUUUAUUGAAGUAUUAAAAUACUUAAAACUUACUAUAUAAGUUUAAUAAUUUAAUAAUUUUCUUUUUUCUCAAGUUAAUUUUAGUCUUAUAAAGUUUAAAUUUGUAAGAAUCAUGCUAUUUAUUAUAUAUUUUUUUUCAUUGAAAAAUUAACGGUUCAAUUUCUCUCUAGUUUUUAUGUGUGAAAAAAUGUUUUCUACUGUUAGCUUAAAUUCAUAGAUAUUUAAGGUAUAAGGUGAAUCAUCCUAAAUUAUUCAAUAUACAUAUAUUAAGUAAUAAACUACUUCAUUAAAAUGUAUGCAUUCCUAUUUCAAGAUACUUAAAAAUUAGACUCUUGUUAAGUGUGUUUCUUUAGUAGGUAUUUUAUAUUAUAUAACUAAUAUUUUUAUGUUAGAUAUAAAUUGUAAAUAGUUUUUACUUUACUACUUUUAAGUUUUAUUGUACAAUAGAUAAAUAAAAAAUUUUGAGUCUUACAAAUAAAUGAACUCUUUUCGUGUAUGUUCUUACUAUAGCAGGUAACAAGUGUAAUUUCCGGUUCAUAAUUUUCCAAUAAUUUCGUUGAUUUUCCAUCUUUGAUUUUGCUCAGUGAACACACUACUUGUAUGUUUGGACCUCGUCAAAAAUACCAUAGGGUAAUACAUAGUUCUCUCAUUAAUGUAACAGGUUAUAUGAUCUAUAAAAUGAUUAUUUGGGUAAGUUAUGUAACACAAGUGCGGGCACAUUAAAUGAUUAAAAGUCCAACACAAUGGGACAAUUUAUUUCAGAAGAUAGCAAUGGCACACCCAUUUUUUAAACAAAACUACAAGCCUUUCAACUACAUAGAACUAAAAUUAAGUAAUUAGAUUAAAUCUUCAGUUUCCGACUACCACACCUGAAAGCUAUAAUAAUAUAUAAUUUUCAUAUCAAACUAAAAUGAAUUAUUUAACCUUUUGAUUAGACGUUGGUAUAUAGUAAUUAACUAUAAACUAUAAUUAUGAGUUCAUGAC